UGUGUGUGUGAAAGAGAGAGAGAGGGAGUGAGUGUGUGUGUCUGUGUGUGUGUUUGUGUGCAUACCAGGUAAACGUCACAGCUUGCAAAGAAAGCCUCUGCGCUGCGAGCGCGCGCCACACUUCCUCAAUCGACGGAAUCACAGAGAGAAAAAAAAACACUAGAGGAAGAAAAAGAGCAACUUUCGUCGAGAACAACCGCCUGGUUUCCAGUACAAGGCGAUCCUGGUACUUGUCACCAUGGCUCCUUUCUUGAGGAUUGCCUUUAACUCGUACGACCUGGGUAUCCUGCCUCCUCUGACUGACCCACCCUUCUGUGCUAUCAAGAUGAAGGAAGCCUUGACAACUGAAAGAGGGAAGACCCUGGUUCAGCGUAAACCCACCAUGUACCCAGCCUGGAAGUCCACUUUUGAUGCACACAUCUAUGAAGGUCGUGUGCUCGAGGUACUGCUGAUGAAGACAGCGGAGGAGCCACUGGCUGAAGUGUCUGUCGGUGUGUCUGUCCUUGCUGAGCGCUGCAAGAAAGCCAACGGGCGUGCUGAAUUCUGGGUGGAUCUCCAUCCUUCAGGAAAAGUAAUGAUGGCAGUGCAGUAUUUUCUGGAGGAUGCAGAUGCAGAGAGCAAGCAGCCUGUGAAGGAGGAAGAAGCUCCUACUCUAAACCGUAGACGCGGGGCCAUAAAGCAGGCCAAGAUACACUUCAUCAAGAACCAUGAGUUCAUUGCAACUUUCUUCAGACAGCCCACUUUCUGCUCUGUGUGCAGAGAAUUUGUCUGGGGACUCAACAAGCAAGGCUAUAAAUGCAGACAAUGUAAUGCAGCCAUCCACAAGAAAUGUAUAGACAAAAUCAUCGGCAGAUGUACUGGUACUGCUGCCAACAGUCGGGAUACUGUGUUCCAGAAGGAGCGAUUUAAAAUCGACAUGCCGCAUCGUUUCAAGAUCAACAACUACAUGAGUCCCACCUUCUGUGACCACUGUGGAAGCCUUCUGUGGGGUCUGGUCAAGCAAGGCCUGAAGUGUGAAGACUGCGCCAUGAAUGUCCAUCACAAGUGUCAGGACAAAGUAGCCAACCUUUGUGGUAUCAAUCAGAAACUACUAGCCGAAGCCCUCACACAAGUCAGUCAGAAAUCAUCCACUCGCCGUUCAGAUCCAAAUCUGCCAAAUCUCCCGGAUAUUGGAAUCUAUGACGAAGUGAAUAAACUUGCUGGACUUGAGAUCAAUGAUGGGUCGACAUACGGCAAACUUUGGGAAGGUUCCAUCCCACGGGCACCGUCUCGUCUUACCCACUUAACCAAGAUCAACAUGGACAACUUCAUCUUCCACAAAGUCUUAGGAAAAGGCAGUUUUGGCAAGGUCCUGCUGGCAGAGCUGAAAGGGCGUGGAGAGUAUUUUGCUGUGAAGGCUCUGAAGAAAGAUGUAGUGCUUAUGGAUGAUGAUGUGGAGUGCACAAUGGUAGAGAAAAGAGUCUUGGCUUUAGCCUGGGAAAACCCCUUCCUCACACACCUUUACUCCACCUUUCAGACCAAGGAGCAUCUGUUCUUUGUGAUGGAGUAUCUGAAUGGAGGUGAUUUGAUGUUUCACAUUCAGGAAAAAGGGCGCUUUGAGCUCUACAGAGCCACGUUCUACUCUGCCGAGAUCAUUUGUGGUCUUCAGUUUUUACAUUCCAAAGGCAUCGUCUACAGGGAUCUUAAGUUAGACAAUGUGAUGCUGGACUGCGACGGGCAUAUAAAGAUUGCUGACUUUGGCAUGUGCAAGGAGAAUGUAUUUGGCGACAAUCGCGCCACAACUUUCUGCGGCACUCCUGAUUACAUCGCUCCAGAGAUCCUGCUGGGACAGAAAUACUCAUUCUCAGUUGACUGGUGGUCAUUUGGGGUGUUGCUGUAUGAGAUGCUGAUUGGUCAGUCACCUUUUCAUGGAGAUGAUGAGGAUGAGCUAUUUGAGUCCAUUCGCAUGGAUACUCCCCAUUAUCCCCGAUGGAUCAGCAAGGAGUCGAAAGACCUGCUCGAGCGGUUGUUUGAGAGAGACCCAACUCGCAGGAUAGGAAUUGUGGGUAAUAUCCGGUUACACCCCUUUUUCAAGAGCAUUAACUGGCAGGCGUUGGAGAUGAGAGAGGUUGAGCCCCCCUUCAAACCCAAAGUGAAAGCGCCGAAUGACUGCAGCAACUUUGACCGGGAGUUCCUCAGCGAGAAGGCUCGUCUUUCCUACAGUGAUAAGAACUUCAUAGAUUCCAUGGACCAGUCGGCAUUUGCUGGGUUUUCGUUCAUGAACCCCAAGAUGGAGCAUCUUUUAGAAAAAUGAUGUCAUUCAUGUCAGACUCAUGUUACUCUCCUCAUGUUUAUGGAACAGUUCGCCUGCUUGCAGAUGAGCAAGCUGUUUCACAAUCAGUAUUUGUUUCACCUUAUUUUAAGCACAAACUAUUCUUGGGUACGAUCAAACAACAAACGGGCCCAUGUACUGUAUAUAUAUAUAUGUGGAUGUUUCAUUUAUGUGCAUGCUUAUUAUUUGUAUAGGUUAUGAAGACCUGUGUGAGUAAUAAUAUACUGUGGGAGUGGGAGUCUGAAAAAUCCUUACAUUCCACUUGACGUCAUUGCUACCAUCUGCUGCCAUCAUGUUUCCCUUUCAUGUUGAAAAUCAACUCCACUGGGGAUAGAAAAUAUGAAAUGGAGGAAAAAGGCUACAGGAACUAAUUUUACUUCAUGCUUCAGAUAUAGGUCGUAUUUGUGAAUGAAGUGACUGCAUGUUUAGAGAUUUGAGACCAAGAAAAACCCAUCCAUCUUAGCAUUGUGGCUUAAAUAUGAAUGUUAUAAUUUCAAACAUCCGACUUCUUGCCUUUGACUAAGAAGAACUUGUGGUUGUAAAGUUGACUGAACAGUGCCAUGUAAUGAUCAAACAGCUACAGCUGUUUUCAGCUGUACAGAAAAGUCCUGUUUUGUGGAAGGAGGUGCAAUGAGUGCAGCCAUGGGUACAAAAAGAGUAGUUAAAUGACUAAUUGGUGAGCCACUUAAACGCUGUAUAUAAUAUUUAUGUAUAUUGUUGUUAACAUGUAUAUUGGUUUGCAAAGGAUGUAUUUUUUUUUUACUGUCUCCAUAUUUCCCAUAUGAUUAAAAAAAACAUCAA